CUCCUGGGGGGGCGAGAAACCAUUCCGCCUCACCGCAGCGGCACAAGUGACCGAGCUCCUUCUGCUUCUCAACUCCGACUUGGACUCUCUUUGUCCCGCUUCCACUGGGACGGAGCUCUCGCAGAGGACCACCACCGCGUACGGCUCGGGGGAUGACCGCGGCCCGUUAGUGUGGGCGAACAAAAGAGUGAACCAGAGAGAUUUUGAGCGGCUCCUCCGCUUCACUCUCCCCGCCUCUGAGGCCAUGGGCUGCGGUUUGAGGAAGUUGGAGGACCCGGAGGACAGCAGCCCCGGGAAGAUCUACUCGACGCUGAAGAGACCUCAAGUGGAGACCAAGACUGAGACCGUCUACGAUUAUGUCCUCCUGGACUUUAGCUUGGAAGGUAGCCGCCCAACAGUGCAGUACGUGUCGUCGCUGGCCGAGCUGCCUCAGGCGCUGCAGCCGUACUACACGCAGGGCUACGUCCUGGCCGCCCUGCACCCCAUCAUCCUCUCCGUGGGCCGCACCCGUUCGCUGCCCUUCAGCCUGCUCUAUCGCGCCGUCCUGGCCAGGCCCAGACUGAGUCAACAGACGGCGUCCAUGUGUCACAGCGUGCCGGUGCUGAGGGUGGAGGAGUGGCCGCUACCCGGAGACUCGCUGACGGGCGACAUUGUUCGAGCGCUCAUUGACAGGGUGAACAGCAGUGCCCGCGGUGGGGUCCGUUUUGUCGGCUCAGUCCUCCAGCAGGUGAGCGUGCUGAGCAAUGGCAGCAGGCUGCAGAGUCCAAAGAGGGGCUGCCGCUCACCCCCGUGCUCUCCCCCUCGCACUCCCCCAGGAGACCGCGAGCUGGAGGACAACACGUACAGUCCUGACAUGCGACUUCUGGUCUUCUUCCACUCCUGGGCUCCGGGUUGUGCUCCUCUGGACUCGUUGGCGUGCCAGUACCACCAGGGGGCGUUGUCCAUGCGCGUCUCCAGGAAGGGCCAGGUGGUGAGCGCCCUGGAGGCUGACUGGCUGGAACUGACAGCGGCCUACUACCGCAGAGGCUGGUCGCUGGUGGACUCCUUCGUCUACUGGGACACCCCGAAAGGCGAGCCUGUGCCACGGUCACUGGAAGGCCUUUUUGUGUAUGAAGAGAGUAGCACCGCCCCUCCUGCCAAUGACACCAUCGUGGUAGAGCAGUGGACCGUCAUUGAGGGUUCCAGUGUCAAAACAGACUACGGGCCGCUGCUCCACACACUGGCUGAGUUUGGAUGGCUGCUGACGUGCGUGCUGCCCACUCCCAUCAUACGACAUGACAGUGAUGGGAAUCUGGCCACCAAGCAAGUUGUUUUCCUUCAGCGGCCCGUCAGAAAUCAGGCGGCAGCACAACACAGGAACCAGGUUCUGUCAGUGCACAGCAACGUCUCUAGCCGCUCCGUGAGUCGCUCAGUCAGCGGCGGCGCGCUUCAGCAGGAGGUCUCCCAUGUGGCCGGGGGCAUCGGCGGCUUCCCGGUGUUCGGAGGGGGGUUCCCCAGCUCCCUGUCGCACCUGGAGGAGGGCGGCUUUGACCAGGAGGAGGGCAAAGCGGAGGUGACGUGCAUGUGAGCAGACUGAUGUCAUGAGAUCUCCAGAUGGAGGAAAAGCCACUUCUUCCAUGGCUAUGCGCCCAAAACUUUCAUCCUCUGCUGUGGGAGAACUCUGCACUUUGUUGUUUUGAAGCGAGGCCAUAAUGAGAAAAACAUAUUGAAAGCCAUUUAAGCAUUUAUUUGAUAUGCUUGACAGCCUGCUUAAGGCCCAUAUGCUAGUAUUCUCUAACGACGACUACUAGUACUACUAGUGAAGACAAAAGCGCGUACUAGUACAUGGACCUUAAGUUGGAUAACGACUUUCCGGUGGGCCUGCAGGUCGGACUUUUGACACCCUAGAGUUUUAUUUUUAUCAGGGUUACUCUUGGAUUUCGGAAACAGAACAAAAAGAAAAUCAGCUAUAAUUACCUUUUUGAAAAGGCAAAAAAAUGUGUCUGUCUGUCUGUCUUAUCUGUGCUGCACUGUGACUGGCCAGUCAGCAGUUUCAGGGUGUUGCUGAGCAGGAGGUCAAUGUUGCUAGUCUUUCAAUUACCUUUUUUAUUUUUUUUAACAGUAAAACUUAAAUGUGAAGUGAACUUUACCUUUCAGUGACAAUUCUGGCCACAAGUAUUUUCAUGUUCAAGUUCUGUGGUGUCAUUACAUCUUUUUGGCUUAUAACUGGUAACCUUGUAAAAAGAAUCCAAAGAAAAGAUACUAAGUGUUUUUUUUUUAAACAUACAGGUUGGGAUCAAUGUGAUUUUACACUAUCUACUUUUGGGUCAUAUGGACCAGAAUUGUAGUUAAAUUUUCAUGUUGCCAUACCUUACAAGUUUAGAGGUCCACUGCAAGUAGGCAGGCCCCUAUCGUUUUUGUUAUCUAUUAGGAGAGUGAGUCGGUGCUCUGUCGGGUUUUUAUUUAUUGGUUUGAGAUGGUUUAUCCACAAAAGUCAGUCAGUUUUUUUCCCUUGUGGAUUUUUUGAUCGGCUACAUUCCAGUCACUAUUUCCUGGUACACACGAGGAGGUCACAGCAUUUACACUAUAUGGACAAAAGUAUUGGGACUAAUUUGAAUUCCCUCAGAUACAUAAUUUCUUCACGUUUCACUUCCUGUAACUGGAACCCGUCCCAAUACCUUUGGCUAUGCAGAGUCCUUCCGGACGGCAGCCGUGUUGGUUCCCAGUCUGGGUGGUGCCAUUUCACACAUCUUUCUCGCUUUAACAGUAUUAAUAGUGUCCAUGGUACUCAAUUAAACGAAGCGUUCAUAGAUAUUAAAAUCAUGUUGCAAAGGACUACAGCAGUAUUAUAAGAAGUACACAAUUGUGUUAUUUGUAAAUGUAAACCAGCCUUCCUCCAUUAAUAAAAUGUUGCUAUUAUAACGAAAACACUGUUUAAAACAUGUAUGAAUACAUAAUGUCAGUAUUAGUUCCAGUUUUGUUUUUGAGUUGUAUAAUUUGCUUCCGUUUAUGGAUAGUGCCUAUUGAAACAAAUAAAUGUAAUUUUAAUUUCUGAUGAACAAUGUCACAAGUUCCAGAAUAAUAAGUCUUUUAUUAACAGACAUGAAAAUGUCACAAACAGUAACAAAGUUUUUAAAUUUUUUUUUUUUUUAGGUCCAUUUAAAAAAACAUAAGUGGAUUGGAUUAAGCAAAAUAACUUAAUUAGGCGCUGUUUGGCGUUGUGUAAACAUGGCCGACGUUACGCCUUAUAAGCGGACUUUUCAGCCACGUUAUGAACAUCAAGAAUAUCAGGAGCACACUUGGACAGCUAGGAGUUCUUGGUUGUUCACUAACGCAUGAGUCACGCCUACAUUUGAGAAGGUUUUUCUUCGGAGCCUCUACAAGUCGGCAAGCUAAAUUACUGAUUGAGCCCCCACCACCUCUCUGCACAAAAUGGCAGGCUACACAAAGCAAAGAGCGAAACCAAAGCAGACGUAGAAAAAGAGAACAGUGAAGCAGUGUCAGAAACAUGAUCAAAUAGGCUAUUAUUUACACAGAGGUGUCUGUCAGUGUGUGUCUUUGUCAACAAUACAGAUAGAUCACUGUGAUUAUGUUUAGUUUUUUGCAAAUCCAGCUGCUCAAAAGAUAAAAUGUUCCCUAAAGGAGAAGUGUGGUACUUUUUUGACAAACGAGAAGGUAACUAAAUUGUCCCGCAGGUUUCCUUUUAUGCUCGACAAUGUUGACAACGGAGGAACAUGGUGCGGGCGGGGGGGGGUCUUAGUACACUGUACAGUAGUGUGUGGGUGUGGCCGUGUUCACGUGGGUCUCCCUCAGGCCUCGCUCUCGCCGGCCGACGAGGUGUUCUGCACCUCCUCCUCCAGGAUGGGCACGAUCAGGUUGUCCUUGGACAUCAGGUUGUACUUCAUCACAAAGCGCGUGAAGCGGUGACACAGGAACGUUUCAUUCUGUCGGUGCACAAAGGGGGGAAAAAAAACAACAUGAUGCGUGACUGUGGUUGAAACACAUUACAAACAAAAAGUAAGAGAUAUUCAGCUUUCGGGUGAAAUUUUUAGCAUUAAGCUAAAAUGUACUACAGUGAACUCCCGCAUAUUUGCGGUUAGGCAUUCACAUUUUUUGGGAACUUGUCCUUAGGUAGGCUUUUCAGCAAAUAACUAUUUCAUGGAAUCCCAGUACUCUUUAGGACGUGUUAUUUUUUUUGCCUCGUCUUUUUCAUGCCACCCCACGAACGUGAGACGUUAUAUUGUGUAAUAUCAAACUAAGCUAUUGAUGUUCCAUUUGGCAAUAUCUUUGUACCUCAGGAUUAUUUUGCUGCUAAUGAUUUAUAUAUAUAUAUUUAAAAAAAACUGUUAUUUUUACUUCCCCUCAAAAUAAAAUGCUUUUUUC